AUUUUAUAUGGCACAAGUUGAAGUAAGCACAUUCUAUUCUAUUUAUUAAUAUUAUUGUUGUUAUUUUAUUAUGUAUGCUGCUAGGGGUGUUGGCUGAUAUGCAGACGUGCAAUGAGGCAAGAAGAAACAUGGAUGACACUACUACAUUUUUGGUAUGAAAAUGCAUCCCACGUAUUUUAGGCAUCUGGGUCUUGCUCAUCCUUUUAAAUAGUUAAGUACCCUGAAACCAUUGUCAUACUAUUAUUCUUCCUCAUCAUCACUCUUUUAUUCUCUACAUCUCCAUGGCUCCUCCGCCUUCAGACACUGCAUUUUCUGCCCCAAACCAGAGACACCACAAACCAGAUGAUGAAAACUAUUACUAUGCAAAUGGUUUUGCAGAGAUUCGAGAGUCCAAAAGCUUGGCCAAGAAUGAGAACGUGCAAAAGGAGAGGCAGAUUUCAAUUGACCCGAUUUCGCUAAGAGAAUCGCCUGUUGUUACAUCAUCUCCUAAGAAGUCUGGCUUGUUAGAGUUACCAACUUCACUUCUGCCUGGAAAGCCAAAGUUUCUGAGCUGUAGUCUUCCGAACUCUGCCAACUCGUCUCCUCGGUUCAGCACGUCUCUGCUGAAGAAGAAAGUGAAAAAUGAAGGCCAAGGCCAAGCAUAUCCUCUUCAAAAUGAGGGAGAGAUGCAGAUGAAUCUUCCCUUGGAAUAUUACUUGAGAAGAAGCAAGUCUUGUGCUGAAGGAAGAUCUUUCUCUCCAUCAGAUGAUCUUGAUCUUUGGCUGCAAAAACCAGGUGUCUCUGAUCAAUAUGGUAACAAGAAGCAACACAACAUUUUCUCUAAAGCUGAUAAUCAGCUGAGCAACAAAGCCAGUCACCACAACAGCAAGAACAGCUACAACCAUAACAACAACAACUACAACCAUAACAACAACUACAAUAACAAGAACAACUACAGCCACAACAACAGCAGCAACAACAUUGAUAUGUCAACUGGCGGAGGGUUCAAGUGUGGCGCAUGCUUGUUCCUGCCAGGAUUUGGGAAGGCAAGGCCAGUGAGAGCAUCAAGAAAGGAAGAAGUGGAAGUGGAGAAUGUGAAUGUGAUAUCCAGAACAGUGUCCUUAGAGAAAUUCGAAUGCGGAUCAUGGGCUUCAUCUGUCAUAGGGGGGGAUGGAGACUCCUCCAUGAACCACUAUUUCGACCUUCCAAUGGAGUUAAUUCAGACUGGAAACAAUGACGCCAACUCGCCUGUUUCUGCAGCCUUUGUUUUCGACAAAGACAUCAAAGGGGUUCUAAAGCACGGCUCAGCUAGAUCAGCAGCACCAACCGCAGCCAGGAAAUCAAACGAUUCAGCUCGCCAUGUGCGUUUCUCCACAGCUUCUCCUCAAUCAUUCCCUGCUUCACCCACUUGCAUUACACCUCGCCUGCGCAAAGCAAGGGAGGAUUUCAAUGCCUUCUUGGAGGCUCAGAGUGCAUGAAUGUUCUUAGUUCCAUCGGUUUUCGUUUUGAGGCCAUUCCAAUCUGUGUUGAGCAAUGAUUGAUAUGCAGAAUGAGAGAUGUUUGUCCACCAAUUUUUCUUGUACUUAUUUUUGGUUCAUCACCACCUUCCUCCAUGCAUUAUUAUGUUAUGUAGUAGAUUGGUGGAAAGAAAUGUAAAGGUCUCAAGAGUUGCUUCUUCUUCUUCUUCUUUUUGUAGUUUUGGAGUGUUGAACAAAGCAUGUUCUUCCUAUAGGGAAGGGAACAAUGAUAAGGUUAUGUUUCAUCUUUCUACAAUUUUGAAGGAAAAGGCCAAAAGGGAUUUUUGUUUUCAUAUUUUAUCUUCUGAUCAUUCUUUUUUAUGAGAAUAAUACUUAGUA